AUGCGCAUCCGCUAUCCUUUCGCAGGUGCCUUCGCCUUCCUGCUUCUUCUAGCCGGCUACUUCGGUCUGCUUCCACAUAGCACGUCUUCCACGAUACCGACGCAGCUUCAACCGAACGAUAAAUUCCUCCAUCUAGUCACAUUCUUCCUACUUUCUCUAGCUUUCUACUGGAUCCUGGACACCUCACGUCGGCGCACGCUACACGUGACCCUUUUGGUCUGCACUUUAGGGCUUGGAGUCGGCUCGGAAAUCGUGCAGGGAUUCCUCCCCAAUGGUCGAGACUUUGAUCCGUACGAUAUUGUCGCCAAUGUCGUGGGUAGUGUCGGUGCCAUCGGUCUAUGCGGGUGGUACCACCGUCGCAUGAUGGAGCGACGUCGGCAAAGUCGGUAUGGUCUGAUGGACGAUGGCACCGAAGACGUCGAGCUCGGUGGUGUCGAGAGGAACUCCCACCAUGACUCGGAGCCAAUGGGCCCGCAAGAGUCCGGUGUUAUGUCGCUCGAGCAAGAAGUAGACAAUUGGGACGAGAAUGCGGUCGAUAACUGGGACACCGAAGAUGUUGUGCCAGACCAUGAGCGGGAAACUGCACCUCCCAGCUACCAUGAGUCCAGUUCUGCCGGUGGUGUGGCUAGUGUACCCACUGGAGCCAAACGAGCCGAUUAA